AGAAAAACGACAAAGCUAGAAAAAUUAUUUUCCACUCCAGAAAUUAAUGAUCAUGAGCUCGUAUUUGAUGGAGUCUAACUACAUUGAUCCGAAAUUUCCUCCAUGCGAGGAAUAUUCGCAAAAUAACUACAUCCCCGAGCAUAGUCCAGAAUAUUACAGCCGCGCAAGGGACACUGGCUACCAGCAUCACCACCAGGAGUUAUAUCCUCCGCGGGCGAGCUACCAAGAGCGCCAGUAUAACUGUGCAAGCAUCCCUGAACCUGACACGCCAAGGGGACAUGGAAUACCCCAUUCUGCGCACCUGCUGACAGGGAAAGGGCAACCUGCUUCAUGUGAAACCCCACAGUUGUCCAUGUCCCCUGCCACCCCACCGGCCGCAACCUCCGCCUGCAAUCAAGCUACCCCGGAGCACCCAAACAGCACAGCCUCCUCUAAGCAGCCCGUGGUGUACCCAUGGAUGAAGAAAAUUCACGUCAGCACUGUGAACUCGGGUUACAACGGGACGGAGCCCAAACGGUCUAGGACAGCAUAUACUCGGCAGCAAGUCUUAGAAUUGGAGAAGGAAUUCCACUAUAACCGAUAUUUAACUCGGCGAAGGCGCAUCGAGAUCGCCCACACCCUGGUUCUCUCCGAGCGACAGAUUAAAAUCUGGUUUCAAAACCGCAGGAUGAAAUGGAAAAAGGAUCACAGGCUCCCGAACACCAAAGUGAGAUCCUCUUCCUCCUCCUCCGGGUCCAACACAAGCUCAGCAGCCGGCGCUGUUGCCGCUGCCUCGGCCACUAACACUGGGGCCCCCGACGAACUCACCGGAGCACAGCAUGGCGAGGAUAUUACCAGGUUAUAAAACAAUGAACCAAGAACCACGACUGGGGGUAGAAAAAGAACUGGUUAUUUAUAGAACAAUUAUAUAUUUUGUUUUCGUAGCUAUCUUGUGCGGUUUCCUUUAAGUCCAAAGUUAUAUAAAAUGCAUGUUAUAUAGCAUGGAUUACUGCGAAUACCGAUGAAUUAUUUUUACGUGACACAGGGUUUAAUUUAUUUGAAGCUCAAUUAAAAUAAUGUUUUUUAUUAAAAUGUUUUGAAUGAAGGAAAAAAGUAGAAAAAUAUACAUUUUAUCCAAAUGUUAUUGUGGGCCAUUCUUUUGCCCUGCUGCCCAAGGUGAAAUGCACAAUCUAUUUAUUUCAAACAACACUGGAAGGAAAUCAAUAUUAUAAUAGUUAUUUUUGGUAUAAAAAGCUGGAACACACCAUUGAUCUUGAACUUGUAUGUUUAGGAUAAUAACAAUGUGUGAGUUUCCUCGUGUAUUUCAGAAACAGGAUUUUUGAUUUACGAUUUAGUUUUGUGGUGUUGAUGUUGUGUUUAGACCGUUAAAAAGCAGAUUAUUGUGAAAUGCAAUAAACGGAGUUUAGUGUACUUGUGCUAAUCCUAUUGGUCAAUAAAACAGUGAGUGUCUACUAGUUUUACAUACGUUUGGUCGAACCUCAUUUUAGACAAGAUAAGGUGCAGUGAUUUUUGUUUAGUUUAGUUUUCUUUCUGUUUUCCUGUUUGGGGAGGUCUCCUUAAACGUCUACAGACGUGUGAAUAUUUGAACAUUUGACAAGGGAAAACAAGAAUCACUGUGUUUUCAGACUGUGCUUAUCAAUUGUGCAGCUCAUUCUUGCAUCUAUAAAUUAACGAUGUGUACAGACAGCGUGUGUGUGCAUGUGAGUGAGUGAGUGUGUGUGUGUGUUGAAGCCUCAUUCAUGAUGGACAAAAGUUAUUUCUAAAAUCUGAAAAUGAAAUAGUUUGCGCUGUGCAUUAUGUGCAACCUCAUCAUUCUGAAGGGCAUUCAAUUAAUACUAAAGACAAGCCAGUGAGGCCCUCCUCUCCACACUGCACUGCCUCUGCCGGUGCCACGAGUGAAGCUCUCUGCUUCCGUCGUCCUGUUUGGACACGAAGCUGCAUGCCAUUCAUUUAGAAAACGUUUGCAAUGUGUUAGAGAUCAUAGGUUGGUGUGAAAACGUGCUUUCUCAUUUUGUAACCUAGCCUAGUUGCCCUGCUUUUUCUAUAGUCCACUGCGCCAUGG